ACCUGGGAUCAUUGUCGAUUCCGUGCGGCUUUUGUUGUGGCUGGACUGAUCGGCUGCGGCUGGCCGUCUUUUCCCCUUCUUGCUCGUGCUCGUACUUGUCUUUUCAAAUGGCGGCGUUGAGAACAGCGUUCGUCCGGGGAGCGUGCAGUAGUUUGUUUCAAGGCUCUAAAUGCAUUCGACCCAGCGCAGCAUUUGUACCAAAAAAUUUGGGCAUACACCACCGAUGUGCUAGCAUUAACUUGCCGACUAAUCUGAAAUACACGUCCUCGCAUGAGUGGGUGGACGUUCAGGAAGACAAUGUGGCACGAGUUGGAAUUACAGAUUUUGCCCAGACCGAGCUCGGAGAAAUUGUAUUUGUGGACGUAUCGCCAUCCUCCGAAGCACUGCAGACCGGUGCAAACUUUGGAUGCUUGGAAGCUGUGAAGACUGUCAGCGACCUUGUAAUGCCUGUGCAAGGCGAGGUUGUGGAAGUGAACAGCGAGCUUGAGUCCACACCGGAUCUCAUCAACAAGCAGCCGUAUGAAGAUGGCUGGAUUGCCAAGAUCAAACUGUCCAACCCAAGCGAGGUGGACAGCUUGCUUGAUCACGAGGGCUACCGUAAGCUCGUCGACAACUGAUCGAUGCGGGACGUACCGAUAAUCGUGCGUGGCACUUGACAAGAUUUGGAUUCUUCUUUUCGCUACGCGUGGUGGCGGGCAGCCCGCUUACUUUGAGUUUGGUUUGGGUUCUUCCCUUGAAGCUACCGCGUGAGGAUGCUUGCGCUUUUUGGCGGCUUUGCUGCCGCGGACGCCCUCUGAAGUCUCUAUAUUUCUCUCCGCUCUCUCUCUCUCUCUCUCUCUCUCUCUCUCUCUCUCUCUCUCUCUCUCUCUCUCUCUCUCUCUCUCUCUCUAACUUUUUUUUCUCCUUCGUUUAGUCUUGUGUUCAGUCCUGCUUUGGCCAUUUUAGACCCUGACUAUUGGUACUUCAAAGUAGAUAUCUGGUCUACCUCUAACUGUACCACUGUACCCACCGCUUUAGGAACGCAUCCAGUUUUAGUUGUUCCUUGUAUAUACUAUUACAUGGACCUAACUGUAUUGUAUUUGACCAUUCUCCAACCAACCCCUUCUCCCAUGCUUUCUCCCAUGCUGUUUUUUCUGCUUGGGAUAAUGAUGGCCGUGAGGACUUGCCGUCAUUUCAAUCCAAGCGUACCCUCAAUGACCACAUGCGCCUUGCAUCAACAGUAGGCUAAGUUGUUUUUUGGCGGCAA